CCUAGUAUAUUCAUUCAGAUUCACGUUUCAACCUAUUUCCCAGUAAUUACCUCAUAAUUAAGCUUUUGGAUAAGGGUAAUGAUAGACCCCCUCGUUUCCUUAUAAAUAGACUAGAGUUCUUGUACUCUCUUUAGGGAGAACACAUUUGCACAUUGCAUUUAUAGUAGUGUUCGUCUCUCAUCUACUACUUCAAACUCUGUUCACAAUGGAGGGCAAAGGAUAUUGCCAAGAUCUCCGAAGGAGAUGCAAGCCUUACAUAGCCAUGAUCUCUCUUCAGUUCGGAUACGCUGGUAUGAACAUAAUUACCAAAGUAUCCCUAAACCAUGGAAUGAGUCACUAUGUCCUCGUCGUUUAUCGCCAUGCCUUCGCCACCCUCUCCAUCGCGCCCUUCGCCCUCAUCCUAGAGAGGAAAGUGAGGCCUAAGAUGACAUUUCCCAUCUUCAUGCAAAUCUUCGUUCUGGCUCUCCUUGGGCCGGUCAUAGACCAAAACUUCUACUACAUGGGCUUGAAAUACACUUCGCCAACCUUUGCUUGUGCAAUGAGCAACAUCCUUCCUGCCAUGACCUUUGUCAUGGCAGUAAUUUGCAGAAUGGAGAAGGUGGAUAUAACGAAAGUGAGGUACCAAGCCAAGGUGAUAGGGACCGUGGUGACAGUGGCCGGAGCUAUGUUGAUGACUCUCUACAAAGGACCGAUAAUUGAGAUGGUUUGGACUCGACACAUUAAUGUUCAUCAAACCGAUUCACAUGUUAGUGUUGAGCCUAGUGAUAAAGAGUGGUUCAUCGGUUCUGUGUUCAUCGUCUUAGCUACUCUCGCUUGGGCCUCUCUAUUUGUUCUUCAAGCAGUGACAUUGAAGCAGUAUUCUGCUCAGCUCUCAUUAACAACACUUAUAUGCUUUGUGGGAACACUGCAAGCAAUUGCUGUGACUUUGGUGAUGGAGCACAAGCCCUCUGCUUGGGUUGUUGGCUUUGAUAUGAACCUAUUUGCUGCUGCUUAUGCUGGGAUUGUGACGUCAAGCCUUGCAUAUUAUGUACAAGGGCUAGUGAUGCAAGAGAGAGGGCCAGUUUUUGCCUCGGCUUUUAGUCCACUGAUGAUGAUCAUAGUAGCAAUCAUGGGCUCCUUUAUGCUUUCCGAAAAGAUUUAUCUUGGAGGUAUUCUUGGAGCGAUAUUGAUUGUUGCAGGCCUUUACUCAGUGUUAUGGGGGAAGUACAAGGAGAACAAGGAGAUAAAAGAGAGGGAAGCUAUGGAGAUUAGUGAGCUCAAUGAGGUUGAUGUAGAGAAAGCAAAAGCUAAGGAUGAAGUUUUAGCAGUUACUGCCUCAGAUAUUGAAGCUACAAAGGUUCAGAUGGCUAGUAGUUGAUAAGUUCUAAGAGGAGCAAUAGAGACUGAAGUGAGUUGAGGAUGCCAGAGAGAGAAAGAACUUUUUUGUUUACUCUUUUUCCUUUGAUUUUUUUUCCUCUUUUUAAUCUUUUUAGUAGAAUGAGCUCUGUAAGCAGCUAAUCAAGAUGAAUAUUUGACAUGAGAAUGGAGAAAGCUUAGUAACA